AUGCAGUAUAUCAAUGUUUUUGAAAACAAAGAAAAAAAUUCACAAGGAUUUUGUGGAUACAAUCCAAUUAAGCACUAAAUUAUUAUAGCUAUUAGAGGAACUGCUAACUUGAAUAACUGGAUCACUAAUUUAAAAGCUUUUCCAGUAGACUUUCCUGACUGUGAUGGGUGUUAAAUACAUAUGGGAUUUAGAGAUCAUGCUUAAUCUAUAUAAAACCACAUAAAUUAAUGUGUAAAAAAUAUUUUGGAAAAAUAUGUUGAUGCUAAUGUCAUUAUAACUGGUCAUUCUUUAGGAGGAGCAAUAGCAACUUUGAUCUCGGUUGAGGUUUUAAAAUAUUUAUAACCUAAAAAUUAAAUUAGUUUAUAUACUUUUGGUGCUCCUAAAAUCGGUAAUUAAAAUUUUGUAGAAUACCUAAAUCAAAUCAUUCCUAAUUCGUAUAGAAUUGUCAAUUAUUAUGACGCGGUUCCUCAUUUACCAUUUAAGCAAAUAUUAGACUUUAGACAUCAUGGAUAUGAAAUUUGGAUGACAAACCCAAAUAGUAUAAAUUAAUUUAAAGUGUGUUAACAUGAAGAUGAAUAAUGUUCAUCUUAAGUUUCGCUGCUUAAUUUUUCAGUUUAAAAUCAUAUUAGCUACUUUGGUAUUUAUACAGGAUGCAAUAAAGAAUAGUAUUAAAAAGAGUUCUAAGAGCAUUAAAAUGAGGAGUUGCAAAAAUAUUUAAAUAGAAUAUACCAACAACUAGAAAAAUAAGUGUCUUGA